ACAGAACUUGCUUUCUGUUCUUAGUAACUUCUAGAUCAGUUGAGAAGCCACGUUCAAGCAAGGCACAGCCCUUGGCAAGGAAAGUGCAGCCAUUAAUCCCUCGCAUCGCUCCACAACUGUUCCACGUUCACCCGCAGCGUGAGUACAGUCUUCUUGUUCCCGAGAUCAGUCUGGGUUGAUCCUUAUCUGCUCCCAUUCACAUCCUAGUUGAACAAAAUCCAUUUCUUCGUGCGAGGGGUGCUCAACCACUCUGGUUUUACGAUCAAACCAUAGUAAUUCGUCAACGCUUCUCUUCCCCGCCACGCCUCACGCGAUUUCGAGUCCUCAAGCUGGACAGAAGCCGACAUUCCCGCAAAUAAGGCACGGAAAUCAACCCUGGCCGCUGAUCCUCGCCCGAAACGUCCUCAUCCCCCGCAUCAAUGGCGUCCGUUCGAGUAUGCGUGGACCAUCACAGCCCAUUAGACGAUCCCUCCACGCCACGUCACCUAAUCGACGACAGCCUAUCGCCGUCGCAGAUUAUCCGGAAGAAGCUGGAAGACGUGGACACGCGCGUGCUCGAAGGCAAGCUUAGACUCCUCGACAUGCAGCGGCAGCUCUCCGCCGUCCGAUGCCAGCAGUUCGUCGAGAUGCUCGAAUCCGAGCUCCAAUCCGCCGCCGCCACGCCAGCAGCACCAUCACACACAUUAUCGCCCUCGUCGACGUUCCCGUCCGCGUCGCGGCCGCAUCGAACCCUAACGCGCAUCGGCUCGCUCGACCGCGACGGGCGCUCCCUGUGGGCGCGCAGCCACACCAGCUGCCAGCCAAUCAUCGACCCAGCGUGCUGCUCGCCGGUCCAGAGAUGCGGCUCGGUCGACAGAUGCGGAUCCGUCGAGCGCGACAGCAGCGGCCGGGGAUCGUCGAGUCGGAGGGACGCAGAGAGCAGCAGCGGCAGCGGCUUCAACUCGAGGGGUCGGCGCUCCCUAGACGACAGCAAUGGCGGCGGGAGCUGGCGCGACGAUCUGAGUUUCUACGAGGAGCCGCGGUCGCUGAGUCGCAGCCACACCAACCCGCCGUCGCCGGCUAGCCGGUCGCCCAAGAGCCCCCGCUGUAGCAGCCCGCGGCACGCCAGCCACGCGGCCGUGCGGCACAAGUCGCUGCUGCGCCACUCGAGCCUGCAGGUCGGCCAUGCCGCGCCCGCCUUGUGACUCAACGGAAUGUGCCUCUUGACUCUGAGAAUGUGACUCUGAGGAAUGUGACUCAGCCGUCGCUGUGACGAAGGGAUCAGUCACUUCCUAUACAUUAACUCGGCCUCUGGUCGUGACACUACAGCGCUUCGUGAUUAUAAAGGGCGGAGCGGAUGGGCUGCAAAGGCGGAGGGAGGACAGUGAAGCUAGUUCAGGUAUCCAACCGUUUUAUGUGGGAAUACCUCUUCCUACGAGCAUACUUCGUGCCAAUUCUUUAGUAGCUACCAUUUCUCAUAGUGUCUAAUAGGGCUCCCAUGUAAUUGAAUCCCAUUUUUGAGUUACACGCUAAUGUAAAGUGUUUCGCUAUUCUUUCCAAUUCUGUGUAUCGCAACUGCUUCAAGA